UCGCGACGCGUCGAAGCGCAAAACGUCAAAACUGCAUUUUCCUUUGCCAAAACGCAGCACGUCGACCACCAGCAAGCAAAAUAAAGGAAAACGUCGAUAUUCGAGGAAAAAUCACUGCUCGUAAGUUUGUCUAAACAUGGAUUCCUCUGCGAUGUCUUUAAAAUCUACCGAGGACAUUCCGCUCGCUGAUGAUGACCUGGAGGUGAUCAUUAACGAUGACGAAAGCUCCAAGUACAUGCAGAAUGGCAGAUCGCUAGACUCGAUCGCCAGUUCGUAUACCAAUGGUAACUCGAGUCCGCGUCACUUUCUCGAAAACGAGUGCCCGGAUGCGGACGAGCAGGAGGAACGCGCCCGGCUAAUUACCCAGGUUCUGGAGUUGCAGAACACUCUGGAUGAUUUGUCCCAGCGCGUUGACAGCGUCAAGGAAGAAAACAUGAAGCUACGUUCCGAGAACCAGGUCCUGGGCCAGUACAUUGAAAACUUGAUGUCCGCUUCUUCGGUGUUUCAGUCGACCAAUCAGGCACAGGGCGCUGGAUCGUCCAGUUCCAAGAAAAAGUAAGACGGUUCACCAACACCUGGUGGAAAUUCGAAAACAUUCAAGUAAAAAAUACUCACGCUUCAUAGGGGAGAUUUCCGCAGACCAAAGAAAGGGUUUAGUUUCCGCAGAAAAACGAGCGCGCUGCUGGUGCUACAGAAUAGGACAAACAAUAGGAACAUGUGCAAAGACUUUCAUGUUAGUAAUUGUUUACCUACUAAAUUUAUAUUGCUUGUACCGCUUACUAAUGUUUAUACAAUUCAUUAAAAACACAGAACACGAAGAAAAAAUGUAACGGUAAGAAUCCGGCACGGUUGGAUGCCUUGAAAGGUUACUUUCCCCAAAAAGGGAACUGUAAAUGCUAUGAUAGUAUCGAUUAAGGAAUAAGCACUGCUGAAAAGCCCAUUACUAGAUGUAUAUGCGAAGAGCUGCAGAUAUAUAUUUUUAUUUGAACAAGUUUAUAACAAAUACUGAAAAAAGUACUGCAAAAUGAUAUAGGUUUUGUACGAUAUAUUGAAAAUAUGUAGCCAUCACUUUUUCUGGUCGAUUAGCCAUUAUGACUCUCUAGGUUAGUUUUGUGUUCGAAAACUCCUCUCUAUGAAAAGUAUAUAUUCAAUCAACAGAUUCCUCAAUAUUGCUGCCCCAUAAUUACAUGUAUAUGGGAAACGCUCAAUCCAUUUUCUUUCAAAAAAAAAAACGAACAAACUAUACGUAUUAAACUAUAAUUUCCAGCAUGUUAAUAGUCUGAUAUCACUCUCUCUAUUGUAGAUUUACUAAGCGAAAAUAAGUAUAAUAUGAUUUCCUCGACUACGCGCAUUUCUUUUUGCCCACCCUAGUUUAAAAACGAAUGAUAGAAAUCGACUUAAUUUAUUUUUAGUCCUCGAAUACGAUUAUGCCAAUAAGUUUUACACUGCGUAACAUUGUGAUUAACCUGUCACUUUUUUUUUAAAUUCCCACUCUUAAAGUUCCGAGCAAUAGAUGUAAUAAAUUAAUUGCUUUUUCCCAUAAACUAA